CAUUGUCCCGUCUCUUCCUCCUGUGUCUCCUCUGCCACCGUGUACCGAGCUGACAGCAGCCGCGGUGACACCAUGGAGAACACACACACACACACACACACACACACACACAGCACCGCUGCUGCUGCGGCUCUAUAAAAGCACACAAACUGAGACGGAGACCAACAACGAGCUGUUUGAACCUCCAGCACCUGAACAAUGGGCGUCAUCAUCUCACAGAUCUUCUCCAGGUUCGCCUCCAAGACACCGGUCAGGAUUUUAAUGGUCGGGCUGGAUGCGGCAGGUAAAACCACUCUGCUGUACAGACUGAAGCUGGCCGAGGUCGUCACCACCAUCCCAACUAUUGGAUUUAAUGUGGAGACAGUGGAAUACAAGAACAUCAGUUUUACAGUUUGGGAUGUUGGUGGUCAGACUAUCAUCCGACCUCUGUGGAGACAUUACUACACUAACACACAGGGGCUGAUAUUUGUGGUCGACAGCAACGACCCCGAGAGGAUUAAAGAAGCUGCUGACGAGCUGCAUAGGAUGCUAGGGGAGGACGAGCUGAGGGGCGUGGCCUUACUGGUAUUUGCGAACAAACAAGAUUUGCCCAGAGCCAUGUCCGUCAGUGACAUCACAGAGGCCCUGUGCCUAUCAGGAGUCUCACAGCCGUGGUUUGUCCAGGCGUCCUGUGCUGUUAGCGGUACGGGUCUGGCUGAGGGUCUGGACUGGCUCUCCGACCAGAUCAUGAAAAGCGGGCGACACUGAUGUGAUGCUCCGAUGUUCUGCCUUAUUUUGGUUCCUGCUGAAUCUUCACACAGUCCUUAAACGUGCCAGAGAACCCAGAAGAAACAUGAAGGAUCUGCCCAGCACGCACAGCUUCCUUCUGGAAAACAUGAUUUACACAUUGUGUCAUAUUCAGAUAAUUUUUUUAGACACAAAUAGAUCAAUUUAGAUUUUUAAUACCUCAAACUGCUGUUCUACUUUUGUAAAUGUCAUAAAAACUGGCAAACUCCUGUGCCUGUAUAGCGUUCCUACAAGUGCUGUUUACUUUACUUUACAUUCACAAGACAGGCAUUAAUGUAUUUCUAUUUUUUCUCACAAUAACUUAAUGAUCAUUAUUCACAAAAUGACACUGCAGUGCUGAAGCCAAAUCUUUUGAUUCUAAAAUGGAGUGACCCAAAUCAAGCAUGUACAUUGUUGUGUUUAACAAGUAGCCAGUGACCCUCGUCCAACCUUUGAGGACGAGCAUGUGGAUUAUAUUUGUGGG